AGAAACUAAUAGGACCCACCUACAUUUAUAUGUUUCUUUCUCUUCUUAUAAACAAUGAUACGGAAUUUGAAAUUUAAAAUUUAUCCUUUGUCUUCCAAGCUCACUUUCCUUGUACUAUGGAUAGCAGUGAAAAGUAUUCAUUAUUUGAGACUAAGAGGGAUAGAGGAAGGCACUUUCGAAGGCUCUUUUCUAUCUCUGUGUUUGUGGCCAUAUGCUUCAUCUGGGCUUACAGAUUGACCCACAUACCCACAAACCAUGGAUUAUGGGCUUUCCUUGGUUUGUUUGCCGCAGAACUCUGGUCCGGCCUCUACUGGCUCUUGGGCCAAGCCCUCCGCUGGAACCGCGUCUUCAGAAAACCCUUCCACAACACACUCUCUCAAAGGUACGAGAAUAGUUUGCCAGGAGUAGACAUACUUGUGUUCACAGCAGAGCCAGUGAUUGAACCACCUAUGAUGGUGAUUAAUACAAUAUUAUCUGUAAUGGCUUAUGACUAUCCAGUUGAAAAGCUUAGUGUGUAUCUGUCGGAUGAUGCUGGAUCAGAGAUAACUUUUUAUGCUCUUUUAGAGGCCUCUACCUUUGCCAAGCACUGGCUACCAUUCUGCAAGAGGUUCAAGGUGGAACCAAGAUCACCUGAAGCUUAUUUUACUAUCUAUGUCUCAUCAACUCCACACGACCUUAAUCAUGCCAAAGACUUGGCAGCCAUCAAGAAAUUAUACGAAGAUAUGAAAAAACGAAUAGAAGACGCAAUCAAGUUAGGUGAAAUACCUAGCAAAGCACGUUCAAAGCAUAAUGAAUUUUCUCAAUGGGAUUCAUAUUCAUCACGACAUGAUCAUGGGACAAUUCUAAAAAUAUUGCUUCAUCCAAAUGACUCACAUUCGAAGGAUGUAGAUGGGUUUGUUUUGCCAACUUUGGUAUAUAUGUCUCGUGAGAAGAGACCCCAAUAUCACCACAACUACAAAGCGGGAGCCAUGAAUUCAUUGUUAAGAGUGUCUUCAAUGAUUAGCAAUGCGAAAAUCAUUCUAAUUCUAGAUUGUGACAUGCACUCAAACCAUUCACGAUCAGUACGAGAUGCUCUUUGUUUUUUCAUGGAUGAAGAGAAAGGCCAAGAAAUUGGUUUUGUGCAGUUUCCACAAAACUUUGACAAUGUGGGUAAGAAUGAUUUAUAUGGGAAUGCUUUAUCAGUACUUAUGGAGGUGGAGCUCCAUGGUGCAGACGGUUAUGGUGGACCUUUGUUCAUUGGAACUUGUUGCUUUCAUAAAAGAGACGCUCUUUCUGGGAAGAAGUUUAAUAAUGGUCUAUACAAAAAUGAUUGGAAUGAUGAGAAUGAGUUGAUUAAGGCAAACCUGCAAGAACUAGAAGCAGAAUCAAAGGCUCUUGCAAGCUGCAACUACGAGGAAAACACUUUAUGGGGAAAAGAGAUUGGUGCAAUAUAUGGGAGUCUAGUGGAGGAUGUAAUAACAGGGUUGUGGAUACAAUUCCAAGGAUGGAAAUCAGUGUACUACAACCCAACAAGGAAGGCUUUUCUUGGCAUUGCUCCAACUACAUUGCUUCACACAUUAGUUCAACAAAAGAGGUGGGCUGAAGGCGAGUUUCAAAUUUUGUUUUCUAAGUACAGUCCUACGUGGUAUGGUCAUGGAAAGAUCAAGUUAGGCCUAAUAUUGGGAUAUUGCCACUACAACUAUUGGGCAACCACUUGUUGCCCAAUGCUAUAUUACUCAAUCAUCCCUUCACUUUCUCUACUAAAAGGCAUUUCCUUGUUUCCAAAGAUGUCUAGCCCAUGGUCAAUACCAUUCACAUUUGUAAUACUAGCAGAAAGUACUUCCAGUUUAGUUGAGGGUUUGAUUCUUGGAGGCACAAUACAGGGUUGGUGGAAUGGCCUAAGGAUGUGGUUAUACAUAGGAACAACUUCUUACCCUUUUGCUUUCAUUAAAGUUGUCUUGAAAUUCUUUGGUCUUUCAGAUUUCUCUUAUAAUAUCACAACUAAGAUCAUCCAAGAUGAUGUUUCCCAACGUUAUGAGAAACAAGUCAUGGAAUUUGGAACCUCUUCUCCAUUUUUCACUAUACUAACAACAAUCGCAUUGCUCAAUUUAUUUUGUUUACUUGCUACUUUAAAGGAGUUACCACUUAGUGAAGGUAUGGGAUUUCAAGUUCUAUUGUGUGGGAUUUUGGUUUUCAUCAAUUUUCCAAUAUACCAGGGACUUUUUCUAAGAAAGGACAAGGGUAGAUUGCCAAGCUCUUGUGCUAUUAAAUCCAUUGCAUUAGCUUUAAGUUCAUGUAUCCUCUUCAAAAUAUUGAACUGACUAGAUUAAAGACUAAAGUAGUCUUUGCUUUUAUCUUUUGAUUAGAAAAAUAAAAUGUAUUUAUUAUUAUUUUGUUGGACUCUUUACUUUCUUU